CUUCAUGUGAAUUAUUUUAACAAAUAGGUUAAGUAAUAAAAAGCUUCAUUGGAAAGUAACAAAAAAAUGUUUAAAAGUUAUAAUUUUAUUUGUUUAUUGAAUACUUUGAAACAGUGCAGAUUUGGUAGUACGACCCAAAGUGGUGUUAAAAAUGAAGUAGUAACAAUGUUGACAAAUAGAAAUCCUAGAAAUCUAGAACGAUUACGCAUAGGUUAUAAACCAGACGGAUAUCAUGUAGAUGCUUUAGGGAAACGUUAUUGGCACAAGUUGCAGCUCACUGCUUCAGGAAAAUACGUUAAAGCAUCAAUUGUUCACUUUCAGAAUGGGGAAGUACUUAGUGCAAAUACUUCUGAAUGGUGUAUUAAAAAGCAGCUUUAUAGAACUACUGACACUAGUGCUUAUAUAAAUUUGGGAAGGGUUUUGGCACAGAGAUGCUUACAAUCUGGUUUAAUAGAAGUAGAAUGUUUUAUUAAAUCUAAAAAACCUGAUGAUAAAGUAGCGUUAUUUUUACAAGCCAUGCAAGAGGGUGGUGUAAGCCUAACUGAGCCUUCACAGUUCAAAGCUGCAAUGCCAUGGGAUCUUGAUAGACCCGAAAAACCAUGGGAAGUAACUGAAUAAUUAGUAGUUGAAAUAAAUUUAUUUAAAAAAUUUUGUUAUUAUUUUGCACUAACAAAACCUCGCGUAUAUUUUCCAAUUAUUACUUAUAUAAUUAUAUUUACAAGUUUGUGAAAAUGAAUAUGUGAUUUCACACUAUAAAACUGCUUUGAUUCUCAUAUACCUUUAUAUUGGAAUCUUACAGUUUUUAAAAAAAUAUUUUCUUGGGUUCUCUGGAACAUUAUUCAAAUUUAAAUAAUUUACACAUUAUUUACUUUUGUGCUUUUUAUUUCACCCACAAAUUAUUACAUUCAUAUAUCUAUAUAUUUACAAUAAAUUAUAGUAACAAAUUAUAAAAAUCAAAUUACUGUUCAUAUUUAUCCUUGAUGUGUUUCCAUAAUUUCUGAAAAAGUAAAAGAUAAUCAUGAU